GCUGACAGCACACCGGAACACACGUUUCCAGGCGGGACCUUGAACUAAAACAUAAACAAUGGCGGCUGUCACCUCUAGCCGACCAUACCAUGUCAUCAUUUUCGGUGCUUCGGGAUUCAGCGGGCAGUUUGUGGUGGAGGAGGUCGCCCGGUACGCUGCAGGGAGUCCCGGCGGAGCCCCCCUGAAGUGGGCCGUGGCCGGGAGGAGCAGACAGCGCCUGGAGGACGUGUUGAAACAAGCUGCGGGGAGGCUGUCCAUGCCCGAGCUGAGGACAGACAUUGAAAUCAUAGUUGCUGAUGUGUCUAUUGAGGAGUCCUUGGCCCUGAUGUGCCAGCAAGGUGUGGUGAUUCUGAACUGUGUUGGACCUUACAGAUUUUAUGGUGAACCGGUGGUCAAAGCGUGCAUAACGAAUGGAGCUCACUACAUAGACAUCAGUGGGGAGCCUCAGUUCCUGGAACGUAUGCAGCUGGAGUACCACACCAAGGCCUUAGACAAAGGGGUUUAUGUGAUAGGCAGCUGUGGCUUUGACUCCAUACCUGCAGACCUUGGUAUUCUGUACAUGCAGAAGCAAUUUAAAGGAACACUUACAGCCGUGGAAAGCUUCCUGAAGUUCUGCUGUGGGCCUGAGGGAUCCUCUGGCCAUGAUGCCACUUGGCAGUCUGCCGUGUACGGUUUUGCAGACAGCAGAUCCCUCCAGCAGCUGAGGAAGAAGUUUGGCCACAAGCCGCUGCCUGUGGUGGGUGCUAAAGUCAAACAGAGGAGCUUUCUCUUUUUCAGCAAAGAGAUAGAGCAGUACACUAUUCCAUUUAUGGGGUCUGACCGCUCUGUGGUAAAGAGAACUCAGCGUUUCCUGUAUGAGGAUGAACAACAGUCCCCGGUCCAGUACAGUCCCUUCGUGGGGAUCGGGGGCCUCCUCUCUGUCGUGAAGCUCUUCUGUGGUGGUCUGGUUUUCUGGUUCAUGGUUAAGUUCAGCCUGGGCAGAAAGCUCCUCACCAGGUUUCCAUCGUUCUUCUCUUGUGGAAUGUUCACCAAAUCUGGUCCAACCAUGAAGCAGAUCGAAGACUCCUCUUUCAGCAUGACGUUUUACGGGGAGGGUUACUCAGAGGGUUCAGAUCCCACACAGGGUCGGCCCAACGCCAAGAUCUGCACUCAGGUCAUAGGAGCAGAUGGAUAUCUAAUAACCGCCUCUGCAAUGGUACAAGGUGCUGUGACCGUGCUGAAUGAGCUGCACUCUCUACCAAGAAGGGGAGGCGUCUACACCCCAGGAGCUGCCUUCUAUAAAACCAGUAUCAUCGAGCGCCUCAAUAAUCACAGCCUUAUGUUCUCAGUCAAAAACUAACAACAGCCUUUCAGAAGUGACGACUGUGAAGGUGAAAUCAUUAAUAUCUUUUUAAGAUGUUGCUUAACCUGUCAUCCGGUCGACUUCACCACUACAGUUGUGAGUUUCAAUGUUGUAAUUCAUCAGAGGAUCAGAGUCAGUAACAGAUCCUCUGAGGCAGGGAGAGGUUAGUUGUGUUAGUCUCACGCACACUUCAGAGACUGUUUAUCUUCUUUUCUUUUUUCUUUCCAUUGCAAAGCAAAAACUUGUGUUUUAAUCUUAGUGAAUGGAUCCUAAAACUUUUCUUUAUAUCACUUUUAAGUCGUCACACAUCAAUACUGCAGCUCAACAGUUUUAAAAAAGCAGGCCUAUCUCAGAAACUAGUUUGUUAACUCUGUAUUGAAAAUAAGCAAGGUAAGCUUCGCCAAAUUCAAUGAAAGAUCGAAGUCUGCAUGCAGAGAAAUGUUAGAUGUAACAAUACAAUAAAGGGACUUCAUUUUUUAAAAUACUCCACAGAAGAAACCGAGAGUUAGGAUAUAGCACUAACAGCUUUCUUUUGUGACAUAUAUUGGAUCUAUCGUUCAGUCAGUAACAGGAUACAGCUCUGGAGUUAGAGAACAUAUUUUGGCUUGUUUUUAGUGGCUAAACAGAGUCAGUUAAUACACCGACAACUACAGCAAUCAGUCUUUAAUAUGAAGAUUAGUUAAAUAAAUUACACAUACUGAAAUGAUAGAUUUGCAAAGUCAAGGUUGUAGGGAACACAUUUGAAACUUAAAGGACGUUAUCAGAAAUGAUGAAUCAUUCAGUAUUCUACAUUAUGUUCUGAAAGACCAGCCCAAACCAUAAAUUCAUCCUGUGCAUUGAAGCACUGUGUAACAGGUUUAUACAUUUCAUGGAUGAAUACUGUUGGUUUAAAUUAAACUCUAAAUUCACCACUCUGCUUCAGAAAUCCUGCAGCACCAAAACCACAUCUGAAAACAGUCCCCAGAUGAAGAACUAUCUAUUUGUGUUUGAGUAAAACUGGCAAAAACAGAGUUGAGCUUUCUUUCUAUGAAAUGACACAUUUUUUAUUCAAAUGAAGUAAUGAAUGUUAUUUAUUAGACACAAAUGUCUGAGAGACAGAGAGAAGACAGAAGAGUUCUGAGAGUAUUAAGAGAUAGAAAAAUGUGUAUAGUUGUGGUAUUUUCUUUUGAUGUGCUGACAAAAAUAAAGAUAUAAGAUGCAAAGUG